UCCGACCCAAAACUACAUCCCCCAUCAUUCCUUGCCCCUCCAACUUCCGCCAUCUUUCCUCCUAUGAGCACCGCCAUCUUUGUUUCCUCCCUGGACGCUUCCAUACCGCUUCCGGCUUCCUGUGACGUCACUUCCACCCUCCCCAAUUUCCCCUCUCAAAAAUGGCGGUUCCGGUUCGGGUCCGGGUCCCCCCCGGGGCUCCCCCGGAGCCGCUCCCUGUCCAGCUCCUGCCCUGCCGGAUCCAGCACGACGGGCCCGCGCCCGUGGCCGCCUUCCUGCGGGCCCGGCCCGGCCCGGGCGGCGAGCUCUGGGCCUCGUUCCGGGGGCGCCGUCUGGGGGGUCGCGAGCUGCCGCUGCCCCCCGGCUACACGGGGGUCGUGCUGAGGGGGGGGGAGCCCGGAGAGCCCCCCCUGGGCGAGCUCGGGGACCCCCAGGCCGGGUCGGUGACAGUGACAGGGACCUUCGGGGCCAUCACGGACUGGGGGGGUGACAGCGCCCCCCCCCCCGGGCGGGGCCUGGCCCGGGCCCUGCAGUGGGGACCCCUGGCCCAGGCCCUCCACGCCCCUGUGACCGAGGAUGGCGAUGAGGAGGUGGAGCCAUGACAGGCCACACCCAGAAGGGGUGGAGCUUCUCCCCAUGACAUCUAUGGACCAACUGGAGCCACACCCAGAAUGGGCAGAGCCUUUAAAGCCACACCCAUCUCAUUAACAGAGCUGGCCGCACCCAGUGGGUGGGGCUUAUUUAACACAGAGCGCCUGAAGCUCCUCCCAGUGUGGGUGGAGCCUGUGGAAGCUCCACCUACUUUAAUUAAAAGACCAGAUAUGUUCAGAGGAGGCUCCACCCACAAAUGAAGCCACUCCUGCUGUGGGUGGAGCCUCCCAAAGCCACACCCUCACCUAGUGCCACUCCCACAGUGGGUGUGGCCUGAUAACACCCCACCCUUUUAAUGGCCAAUAAAGGAUUUGCAGCGCCA